AUGAGAAGAGGAACAAGAGGAAACGCAUCUACCCCAUCUGAAGAGAAUGAGCAGAAUAAUUUUAUGUCCGGUCUUGUUGAUGCCUUGCGGGAUCAAAACCGGAUCCAAAACGAGCAAAUGAGGGAUCAGAACCGAAUUCAUAAUGAACAGAUGCGAGAAAUGUUCCAGGCAAAUGGGUCUUAUCCGAUGCAUACUCACAACAACCACGAAGGAGGCAGCCAGCAACCAGCCUACAAGCACUUUAUGAGCUUCAAACCAUGCGACUUUAAGGGAAGUACGGAUCCCAUGGUGGCUGAAGAGUGGGUACAUUCAUUAGAAACAAUAUUCGAGUUCAUGCAAUGCAAUAACUCGGAUAGGCUGAGGUGUGCCACGUUUAUGUUUAAAGACGAUGCAAGAAUCUGGUGGCAAGGAGCCAAGUCCACCCUCAAUCUCGAUACAGCAACCUGGGAUGAAUUUAAAGCUGUAUUCUAUGGCAAGUACUUUACCUUAAGCACCAGGAAUAAGCUGGCCAGGGAGUUCCUGGGAAUUCGACAAGGUGAUCUAAGUGUUGCGGAGUAUGUGAAGAAGUUUGAGAGGGCUGAACCAUUCUCCAAAAUAGCUUUACCCCUUACAACCCUGACGCGCAAAGAUGAAAGGUUUGUAUGGUCCGAACAGUGUGCCAACAGCUUUGAAGUGCUGAAGAGAAGCUUGAUAUCCGCCCCUGUUCUUUCAAUUCCAACCGAGGUAGGCAACUUUGUUGUGUGCACCGAUGCUUCCAAGAAUGGCUUAGGUGCUGUGCUAAUGCAGGAAGGGAAGGUUGUGGCUUAUGCAUCCAGGCAACUCAAAAUCCAUGAGAGGAAUUACCCAACUCACGACCUGGAGUUAGCUGCUGUAGUAUUUGCUUUGAAGAUAUGGCGCCAUUACCUCUAUGGGGAAAGGUGCCAAAUCUUCACAGAUCAUCAAUGUCUCAAGUACCUGUUCACCCAAAAGGAUCUCAAUAUGAGGCAGAGGAGAUGA